AUGAAGAAAACCUUCUCGAUUCCGCUCUAUGUGAGAGCGAGUAUUAUCGCUUCGUGUGUAGCCAUGCUGUUUGGCCUCGAUACCGGCAGCAUCGGCCCGGUGACGACCAUGCCAUCCUUCCACCAGACGUUUGGAGAAUUCUCUCCCACCAUGCACGGGGUCAUUGUGUCGUCCGUUCUCAUCCCCGGAGCCCUGUCGGCUCUCGUCUCGGGUGCCAUGGCCGACCGGUUCGGGCACGUCCUCCUCUUUGCCCUGGGCGCCUUCGUCUACGGCUGCGGCGCCGCCGUCGAGUGCGCAUCACCCAAGCUAGGAGUUUUUGUCUUAGGACGCCUCAUCAAGGGCGUCGGCGAGGGCAUGUUUCUCAGCAACGUCUACGUUCAGGUGUCAGAAAUGUCUCCCGCCCGUGUCCGCGGGAUCAUGACAGCCCUGCCACAGUUUUCUAUCGUCACCGGCAUUGUCGCUGGAUAUUUCAUGUGCUACGGCACCGCUCGGAUAGGUUCAUCAUCCCUCGCGUGGCGGCUCCCGCUGGCAAUUGCCUCAUUCUUAGGUUUUGCUCUCUCCAGCACAUAUUGGACAGUCCCACCCUCUCCCAGGUGGCUGUUGAGCAAGGGGAGGUUCGAUGAAGCUCGCAUCGUGCUGGAUACGCUGGGGCUAGACGAUAGCGAGCGGGCCGUGCUCCUCGAGCAGUCAAUGUCGGGAACGUACGAACAGAAUGUCGAUGCGACACUCUGGGACACCAUACGGCAGACAUUUGUGGAGUUUGGGGAAGCCUUCUCGAAACCCUUUCGCAGCAGAACAGCUUUCGGCUGCUUUCUCAUGGCAAUGCAGCAGUUCAGUGGCAUCGACGGAAUAUUGUACUAUGCUCCGAUUCUGUUCACACAAGCGGGACUCAAAGGAGAGCAGGCCACUUUCCUCGCGUCCGGGGUCUCGGCUUUGGUCAUUCUAGCCGUGACCAUCCCCGCCACCUUCUUGGCCGAUAAAUGGGGGAGACGGACGUCGAGUUUAUUGGGCGGGGUACUCAUCACGGCUCUGAUGAUUCUGAUGGGAUCGCUAUUCGCCGCCGGGCAAGUCCAAGCCGAAUCGGGGGCAGGGAAGUGGGUGGUCAUCGUUUCAAUUUACCUUUUUGCCAUCGUAUACAGUGCUACGUGGGCCAUCGGUUUCCGGACCUUCAUGGUUGAGAGCCUGCCGAGGAAGACGAGAAGCAGUGCAUCUAGCCUGGCUCAAAGCGCCAAUUGGGUAAGUUUCUCUUCACCCUCUUCCCAGGAACCCCUUGACUUCCUGGACCAGACUAAUAGAAAAACAAAGUUUGCAAACUAUGUCGUUGCACUGAUAACUCCAGUGCUGUUAUCCAAGUCCACUUUUGGGGCGUACUUCCUGUUUGCGGGCUGUUCUCUCGUCUGUACCGUGGUCGUGGCCGCUACCAUGGUAGAGACCCGAGGGCACAGUCUCGAGGCAAUCGAAAAGAGGUAUUCCGAGAAAAAGGCCAAGGCCACGGGCAGGUGGAAAAUGAAAGGUCUAAGGCCGAGGAGAUUUGCGAAUGAUGCCUAG